UUAUAUCAACAAACUGUGAAUUGUGAAUUGCGACAUAACAGAAACCUCUUCAGUUUUUGCUCACAGGUAUUAAUUGUGUCGUAAAGAAUGGCUUACGAAAACGCAAAUGACUAUGAUUACAGACUGGUCAAUGAUGAAACUGGUCUUAAGGAUGCGAUCUCUGAGCUCAAAGGGAAAAUAGCUGAACGGAACACCCUUUUAGCCGUCGAUUGUGAGGGGGAUUCGUUGAGCAGGAAGGGAGCGCUUACCAUCAUCACAGUAGCAACUGAGGAGAAAGCCUACAUAUUCGAUGUGUUGAAAUUAGGACAACUCGUAUUCAGCAGUGGACUUGGUGAAAUUCUUGAAGACAAAUCUCGUGAGAAGUUGACGUUUGAUUGCCGACAAGAUUCCGACGCGCUUUGGCAUCAGUUUAAGGUCAAACUAAGCGGAGUCUUGGAUCUUCAGCUGCUUGAAGUCAUCUAUCGCCGAGAAAACCCCACAGCCGACUCCACAGUUAAUACUCCUGGGUCAGUUUCCACCACGAACAAACGCGGUGGUCGUGGUGGCCGUCGCAACCGCCGCAGCCAGAAAACAGAUGAAGUAGAGAAGAUAAAUGGCUUAAGUCGCUGCAUCGAGUUGUACCUCCAGGAUGAAAAGUUGACCAAAAUAAAGGACAAAGGGAAAGAGCUGUUAAAGGAAGACAACGAAGUGUGGACAAAGAGACCCCUGACGGAUGAUCUUAUCCAGUACUGUAUUGUGGAUACCAUGGCGAUGUUCAGGUUGUACAACAAGAUGAAGGAUGUCAAUGGUGGAGAACAGGCUCGUCUGCGAGUUGCAUCCGAGAAGUAUGUUGAUCUGUAUCGUGAAAAGAGAGAAAGGUCUUUCGAUGACUAUGAAACAAACGCGUAUCUACCUCUUGACAUCAUCCCUGAUAAAGGAACUCUAGAUUUUCCGGCUGCUAACACUGAAUGUACGCGCUGCCAUCGACGAUUUCCACGAGAAGAAUUCAGUGCAACACAGCUGAGGAAAGGAGAACAGAAAUGCAGGGUGUGUAAGGAAAUCAAGCGCCUGGAGGAUGUACAAAGAAACAGAGGACGUGCUGCCCGAGAUGAUGAUGAUGAUGAUUGUGUUUAUAUUCCUGAAGGCAUGUCUGAUUACGCGUGGGUUAAUGGCCAUGAACCUUGGGAGGACUCAGGCUACUCUGAUUAUUGGUGAAGCCUCAUGACUUCAGUGAUUGCAAAGACAUUUAUAAGACUAAAUUGAGACGAACGUAAGAGUGUGAAUCAUGCUUUUGUUUCCAUUUUUACCAAGUUAUACCAUUUACUAAUACCAAUAUUUGUUUUCUUUGUUUCAGUGGCAUGCCUGUAAAGUAGCUAAGCUUAGUUCUUGUAUAGCUAAGUGCAUGUCCACUAUAAAUAAGAUGUACAUUUACUUUACAUUUAAAGUUAAACUUAUCUGCACGGAGAGAGUGUUUUAACACUAUUUAAAACAAGUAUUAAAAAGCAAUAGCAAGCAAGUAGAUUUAGCAAUUAAGCAGAUUAAAUUCAAACAGAUGUUUUAAACUUCACUCUUUUAAAAGUCCAUUAUUAUUAUUACUAGUAGCGAUCAAAGUUAGAGCAGUGCGUUCAAGCGCGUACUUUGCAUGUUUGGUCUACUUUGGUGGCGUUCGACUGGCUCGAUAGAAAACUAAGUGUAAUCGAAUGACAGAUAACGGUCUGCACGUGAAGUUAAACCCUGCGGUAAAAGUGUUUUUAAUUAAUUAGGUAUUAACUUGUACUGAACAAAAUAUUUUCCAGGAA